AUGCUCUCCUAUCUUCCUGUCAUAACCCUUUUAUGGGCUCCCACACUUGCUACAAUCCCUAGCUUGUCUGGCUACCACGUCGUAUGGUCCGACGACUUCAAUGGCGACCACUACGCCGGUGUCGACCACAGCAAAUGGGUGCAAAUCGCCAAAUCCAACAACCCUAACGGAGAGGUGGAAACCUACACAUCAGGCACCGACAAUGUCCAUCUCUCGGGCGAUGGUCAGCUGUACAUCGUACCCACCAAGUCUGACGGGAAAUGGUAUUCAGGACGCCUUGAGAGCAACACUGCGCAGGUGUGCGACGUUGGUCAGGCUAUGAUAUUUCAGUCUGAGCUUUGGGUUCCUGACUUUACUGGGAACCCAGCCAAAUUUGCUGGUCUCUGGCCGGCUUUUUGGGCGAAGGGAAAUAGCUACCGCAGCAGCGGGGUAACAUGGCCAAGGUGUGGCGAGUGGGAUAUUUUCGAGGUGACGGAUAAGAUGAGCAACCAGAACCAAGGAACACUGCACUUCCAGGACGCAAGUGGCAAUCACAAUGGAGCAUUUAACGGCAGGGUCACAUACCAGGGCGGACAGUACCAUACUUGGGCGUUCAAGGUGGACCUCCGCAACUCUGAUUGGACGAAGCAAAGUUUGAUAUGGUAUCUGGACGGUGUUCAGUUCUACUCUGUCACAGGUGCUAUGAUCGGGACGUACCUGCAGUGGGUACAGUUGGCGCAAAGCACAUACUAUAUCAUUCUGAAUGUGGCCGUUGGCGGAGGAUAUCCAGGGAACCCAACCGGAAAUACUGUCAGCGGGUAUGAUGCCUCUAUGAGGGUAAAGUACGUGGCUAUUUACAAGACCAAUUAA